AAAAGACUUUAAGCUUCAAAAACACAAAACAACCCCAACAUCUCGAAUACCUCAAUCAAUAUGUCGUCAGACGAAAUUGUCUGGCAGGUUAUUAAUCAACAAUUCUGCUCGUUCAAACUCAAGUAAGUUGAUUGAUUAUAUACAUGAUGAUUUUCAUCUAAUGAUGAUACACAGGACUACGAAGGAUCAAACUUUCUGUCGCAAUGAAUACAACGUUACUGGUCUCUGUAAUCGACAAUCAUGUCCCCUUGCGAAUUCUAGAUAUGCAACCAUUCGCGCAAAUCCUCAAACUGGUACCCUUUACCUUUACAUGAAGACGAUCGAAAGAGCACACAUGCCAUCGAAACUAUGGGAACGCAUCAAGCUAUCUUCCAAUUAUGCCAACGCAUUGGAGCAAAUCGACGACAAGUUGAAAUACUGGCCCAACUUUCUCAUUCACAAGUGCAAACAAAGACUUACAAGAUUGACACAAGUUGGUGUUCGUAUGAGAAGAUUGGCGAAAGAGGAAGAGAGAUUAGGUGAAAAACUUGUUCCAAAGUUGGCGCCUAAGGUCAGGAGAAGAGAAGAAACUAGAGAGAGAAAGGCAAUGGCGGCUGCGAAGGUAGAGAGGGCAAUUGAAAGAGAGUUGAUCGAGCGAUUGAGGAGUGGUGCAUAUGGCGAUCAACCACUGAAUGUCAGCGAAUCUAUCUGGAAGAAGGUCUUGAAAGGCUUGGAGAGACAAGGAGAAGGAACAAGAGAUGAGGACAUGGAUGAAGGUAUUGAAGAAGGUGAAUUUGAAGAAGAAGGGGAAUACGAAGAUGAAGAGGGUGUUGGCGAUGUGGAGUAUGUUAGUGACUUGGGAGAAGAUGAAGAGGACUUGGAGGAUAUUGAGGACUGGCUUGGAAGUGAUGAGGAAGCCACCGGUGAGGAGGAUAGUGAAGACAGUGAAAGCGAAAACAGCGAGGAUGAUAAGACCAAGAAGAAUGUUAGCGGCGCAAAGAGGAAGAGAGCACCAGUUUCCAAAGUCAAGCCAAAGAAGAGAAUUUCAAAGAGGGAGAUCGAAUACGAGCAGGAGCUCGAAGGACCACAGCGAGAAUUGGCUUUCUAAUCUGGGGAUGUAUGGAAUUUCAUUAUACCUGGGGUUGGGCGUUCUUAGUAGGCGUUGGUGUUGUUGGACCUUCGAAAAUAGCUGUUAAUUUAUAGUAUCAUAGACAGCUUCUUCAACUACCCAGGUAUAUCAAAGCUAUGUUAAAGACCAGUAUCAGGCAAAAAAAUCAACUGGUUGAAUUUUCUAU